AUGCGGAGUCCUAGGGUCUUUUUGACAUGGACAGUCCACCAGAGGUCUUGUUCGGAUGUUGUUGCGAAGGUCGGGAUCUGGCUUUCGAUUGCGCUCUUAGUUGCGCUUUCGUUUCUUUGGCCAGAGUUUUUGAUGCGGUCUGAGGCACUUGCUGGGCAGUCUGCAGCAUUGCACCCCGAAGAUAUCAUUGAUAUCAUGACUGUGUCAGGCGGCGGGUUGACUGUAGCAUUCUCAAAGCGGACAGAUCACUCUCAGAUGCCUGGCUACGUGUCUGUGAAAGUUUCAGGGCCUGCUGGUACUGCAGCGUUGUAUCCUCGCCGCCAGUUGUUUGCGAUCGAGUUCGAUGACGGCGUUCGGUCGUCUUCUGAAGAUUGCACACCGGAUCGUACCAAUAUUCUUUUCCAUAAUACGACGUCCAUUGCGUUUCUUUUGAUUUGUGAGUUGCUUGGCGCGUCGUUGCAUGUUGAGUGGUCGUGCCACUUGCAGAGUGCCAGGGUUGCCCGUGUUUCUAUCCAAAUCUUUGCACCGAAUCUUUCGCGAACUGUUCGCGUCAUUGAUAUGCUGACCGUCGGACGUGAAGUUGUUGAAGACGAUAACGCGCAUAUCCCUGGCACUGUGCAGGGAUUGCCCAUUGUGUUUCGUCGGCAAUUGGUUUUCUUCGGCAUUGAGCAUCCCAUGUCGGUGGUGAUGCUGAACGCAAGCAUGGGGGUGGUGAGUAUGCCGCUGUAUGGGCAACAGUUUGGACAGGAGCCCAUGCGCGUCACCGCGGCUUUUGGGGCAUAUCGUUCGGCGCAGCUCCGCCGCGACUUCCAAGAGUACAUCGAAGAGUCACGCGCGGUGGCCUGGCGCCAGUGGCUGCACUUCAACAGCUGGUACACCCUGAAACGGCCUGACCCCUUCGAGAUAACCACGCUCAGAUCUGGGGAGGACAUGAACGUGACGAACGUCAUCCAGGUAGCCCGCGUGUACUCCGACCAGCUGGCCCGUAGCCCGCACCACCUUGGCUUUCGGGGCGUACUGCUCGACGACGGCUGGGACGACUGCAGGAGGCUGUGGAAAAUGCACGACGGGUUUCCUGAGAACCUGCAGCAGGUGACUCGUGGGCUCGAGGCCAUGGGCCUGGGCGGCCUCGGAGUCUGGCUCUCACCAUGGGGCGGGUAUGGGUUCCCAAGGGAGCUGCGGCUGGAGUACGGGUACAAAGAAGGCCUGGAGACGAACUCGCGUGGAUUCAGCCUUGCGGGCCCGAAGUACAGCGGGCGCUUCUUUGAUAUCUGUGCCAGCUUCAUCCGGGACCACGGAGUCAGUUUCUUCAAGUUCGAUGGCAUCGCAGGUGGCCAAGUCACAUCGGGCGCGCCCUCCGAGUUCGCUGCCGACGUCCUUGGCUUGCUUCGCCUCGUGCAAAGGCUGCGCAGCGUGCGUCCCGACCUGUUCAUCAGCCUGACUGUCGGAACAUGGCCCUCCCCUUACUUCUUGCACUUUGCGGACGCCGUGUGGCGGGGCGCGCACGACACGGCCAGGUGGGGUGCUGGCCGGGGCAAGCACCAGUGGAUCACGUACCGGGAUAUGAUUGUCCACGAGUUGGUCUCAUUGAGGUCUCCUUUGUACCCCCUGAGCUCCCUCAUGCUCCAUGGUGUCGUCAUGGGGGACUCGGACCCGUGGUGCCGCAACGUGUCGCUGGAGCCUGGCCUCCCAGCGCAUUUGGGGCUCUGGGACUUUAGUUGCGAGGUCUGGUCCUUCUUCGCGACCGGUGCCAACAUUCGAAGAAUCACAACCAGAGCUCUACCUUACGCCGCGGCUGAUGAGCGGGGGCAUGUGGGACGUCGUCCUCGCCGCGGCCUCCUGGGCCACCUCAGCCGCGGCCGCGCUGCGGGACUCGCACUGGGUCGGAGGGAGCCCGCGGCAGGGGCACGUCUACGGGUACGCGGGUUUCGACACGGGCACCAGCCAGGGUGCCGUGAUGCUGCGCAACCCACGGCCGUGCCGCAGAGUUUCGCGCUCUCGUCUGCCCAGCACCUCGAGGCGGGCCACGCAGCGAGCGGCAGGGGCGCAGCGGCGGCGGCGGCCGCGCCGCUGCGUUGCGAAGGGCGCCUCGUGUGGGGCGCGCCGAACCCGGAGUUCACAGGAGGGCGCCGCCCCGGGCUCUGCGGCCCGAGGAGGCGGCCGCGGCGGGGGGUUACUGGCACGUGGCGCUCGCCCCGCUGCAGGUGGCCGUGUACGAGGUCUCCUGUGACCCGCCGCCCAGCGUGGGCUGAUGCCUGUCCGUGGGCAGGACUGCCCUCUUGGGAAGGAAAGCGCACCUCCACCCCCACCUGCCCCCCCUCCCAUUCGGCAUCCUGCCCGAAUCGCGCAAGGCAAGGUUCCCAGCUAUGCAGGGCCACCCAAGACGGUCCUAACUGCUGGCUGGGAGCGCGAGCGAGAGGUGGCUACAGCACAGGCGUCGGGCAGCCGUGGCUCACAUUCAUCGGCUGA